UGAAAAUCGACCCCGCCAAAUUCCAAUCCCAUGUCGAUUGGACGGUUCAGAAAGGAGCUGACAGCUCGUGAUCGACUGCUUCUUGUUUCACGUUCCGCAACACUUCGCGCCGAAAAUUUCUUGGCGCCGUUCACCAGGCGCCCACUGAUUACGUCGCGUCAGCUCGCACACCGAUUAGCCAAGCGCAAACAGCCACGUUCCCCGGUGACGAGGACCCAACCAUCAUCCCCAUCGCACACCCAAGCGCGCAGCCACACCGCGCCGGUACACCAGGCCUCGCGAAUGCGGCGCGCCGAGGUUGCCGUGGUGGGCGCGGGCGCGGCGGGGCUGGUGGCGGCGCGCGAGCUGCUGCGCGAGGGCCACGCCGUGGCCGUCUUCGAGAAGUCCGGCCGCGCGGGGGGCACCUGGGCGUACGACCCGCGCGCGGACGCCGACCCGCUGGGCCGCGACCCGCGCGCGCCCGGCGCCGUGCACGGCAGCCUCUACGCGUCGCUGCGCACCAACCUGCCGCGCGAGCUCAUGGGCUUCUCGGGCUUCCCGCUGGCCGGCCGGGUCUUCGCGGGCGACGCGCGCGCGUUCCCGGGCCACCGGGAGGUGCUCGCCUUCCUCGACGCCUUCGCCGAGGAGUCCGGCGUCGCCGCGCGCGUCAGGCUCCGAGCGGAGGUGCUGCGGGUGCGACCGCUCGGUGAGGGGCAGGGGGAGCGGUGGGCGGUGGCGUGGCGCGGGGAGGACGGCGAGGUCGCGGAGGAGGUGUUCGACGCCGUCGUCGUCUGCAGCGGCCACUGCACGGUGCCUCUGGUGCCCAAGAUCCGAGGAAUCGACAAGUGGCGGGGAAAGCAAAUGCACAGCCACAACUAUCGCGUUCCAGAACCAUUUCGCGAUCAGAGUGUUGUCGUUGUAGGAUUGGGAGCCAGCGGAAUCGACAUCGCUAGAGAAAUCUCAAAUGUGGCCAAGGAUGUCCACAUCGCGGCUAGAUACUCGGAGGACAGGCUUGGAAAGAUUGAACUCUACCAGAACGUCUGGAUGCACGGAGAGAUAGAUUCCAUCCAAGACGAUGCCCGAGUGCGAUUUGCUGAAGGUUCAGCAGUGGCUGCAGAUACCAUUCUUUACUGCACAGGGUAUCGCUACCACUUCCCGUUCCUCGACCUGGACGGGCUCACCGUCGACGACAACCGCGUCGGACCGCUGUACGGGCACGUCUUCCCGCCCAAGUACGCACCGAACCUCUCCUUCGUCGGGGUGCCAUCCAAGACCCUCAUCUUCCAGGCGCUGGAGCUGGAAUCCAAGUGGGUCGCCGCCGCCCUGUCGGGGCGCGCGACGCUGCCGGGCGAGGAGCGCAUGAUGGCCGCCGUGCGGGAGGGCUACCGGCGGAUGGAGGCGGCCGGCAGGCCGAAGCGCCACACGCACGCGCUGUGGCCUGAAUGGGUGGAGUACAUGAACUGGCUGGCGGACCAGGUGGGCGAGCCGCACCUGGAGGCGCGGCGGCAUGAGUUGUACGAGAGGGCGCUCAGGUGCAUCUGGUCUCUGGACGACAGGUACAGAGAUCGAUGGGAGGAGGAAGAAGAAGAGCACGGCGGCGGCGACUGUGGCGUCGUAGAGGUCAAUAUGCCGAAGCAUCACCGUAUCGUAGUGAUUCCUCCUCUAGAUGACGACUAUAUCCCAUGGCCCAAUGAGCGUGCGUCAUCGCCAUUUCUUCGCAAGUCAAGAAGGUGGGCUGGCUGCUGCACAGUAUGGGCUACACCGGGCUGUCUCCCACCUCAUUGCAGCAGGGCCCUUUCUGUCAGGUCGUCGCGAUCAGCUAUCAAUUUCUUCGCGAGACUCUGGUGGGCCUCGUGGGGCCGCUGCUGGACCCAGGAUAUAUAGACUAUCUCCGAUAGAUAGCAAUGCAUAUACGAUCGGUUCCCCGGCAGGGACGCCCAUGCAGCAUCGUCAUCCACGGUCGGUUGUGUUGUGUCGGACACA